AUGCAAAAGAGGGCGUUUGGAUGUUAUAUAUGCAGCACAGUGUGUCAUAAUCAUAAGAACUCCUUUAUUUUUGAUUUUUCAGUAAAAGCUGAUGAAAUCAAUCUAUUUUUACAGUGAAUAGAGAGAUGAAGCUCUACAAAAUGAGUGUGUUGACUUGAUCUGAAUCCACAUUCUUUCUGCGUAAUCGAGACAUCAAGUCACUAUGUAGACGAAAUGACGAGUUUGUUUCUCGUUAUGAAUGUUCAUGUGACUUACAACGCAAACUUUAAGAAGCUGCUUGGCUUGGCAGUGAGUCCAUUGCUGAAUUUGAGCUAUACGAGUGGAACAUUUAUAGCAAACAUGUCAAAAAACUCCUCUAAUUGAACUUGCCUAUCGGCCUCUACCAACAAUAGUGAAAUGACAAAAGAAUGAGAAUCGAUCUUUUCAAUUUCUUCAUCCUAUCAGUCAUCCUUCUGCUUUUACAGAAGAGCGAUUGCUUUUUUUAGUUCGUCUUACAUAUAUGAAGAAAUGUGGCUACAUGUCAUGGCCACGUGUCUUUUUCAACUAGUGACUUUUUCUUGUUUUUUUACUUCCGACAUCUCUGUCUAAGCAACAGAACUAAGGAGGGAAGGCCCCAACUGUCCAGAAGCUUCUGACGCAAACCUUAGUGGACAAUAGGUAAUCGAGUGUCCUGAUUUCGAAUUUUACAUUGGUUUGGGCCCAAUUUUACUUUAAAGACCCGGUUUUCGAAAUACUGGAUUUUUGGGCCGAAAAACCAUUUGCAAUAAAAAAAAUUUUUGACGGUCGCGAAUAUGAAAGAACAUUUCGCGAAACCCAUGUAAAACUGUUUUCUCGGUUUUUAGUGCUUUGUUGUUUAAAUCGAGGGGGCGGGCGUGGGGGUUGUUUUGGUGGGGGGGAAGGGGGAAGGUCCGGGGGGUUAUGGGGUUGGGGGGAGUGGG